AUGGCAGCGCUGUGGACGCUGGCGCGGCUCGAGCGCGCGGUCGAGACCUUCUCGGGACAGCUGCAGUGCGCAAUCUGCCUGUGUGCGUACGAGAACCCCGUGUCCUUGCCCUGUAACCACUGCUUCUGUGAAGAAUGUAUCCACCGCGCGCUGGAGCUGAAGACGCUGUGUCCGAUCUGCAAGACGCCAGCGAACAAACGGCGUCUGCGCUACGACACGACGCUACGAGAGCUUCUCCGGGCCAUGGAGAUGCUCAGUGAGGCAUCAGGAGCCGAGGAAAUCGAUAAGGCCGUGGUUGCAAAGGAGGAGGUACCGCCGAAGCGUGAAGCAGAUAAAGUUGCUGAUCCGCAGCCGCCGAAGCGUGAAGCAGCUAAAGUUGAUGAUUCGCAGCCGUCUUUGCGACGAAGUAGACGCAACUCUACGACUACCGGAUCGUUGUCAAUGGAUGUGCAAGUGGAUAGUAAGGCUCCGCUCCUAAGUGCUCACGCGGAGGUCAAGGAAGAAAGAAACGCGGUUCUGGGGACUGAUUUGGUAGAGAGAAGAUCGUCGCCUCGGCGGGCGCUGCUGCAGGACGUAAAGUCACCAGCAACCCAGCUUGAUCCGCUCACUAUCGGGUCAAUAAAUGUGGCUACACCUCGAUGCGUACAUGCACGUGCUUGCAAAAGUACGAAGGGAGAUUCUGUGGAGACGGUUGUGAUGCAACCACGCAAUGCUGUGGACGACGGAACGACUGUGAACGUUGUCGCAGCUCGAACGCAAUUGGACGAUGUAGUGGAGCAGAAACAACAACGCACGACAAGACGGCAGCGGCAGUUAAGUUUGACGUCAGAUACGGUACAAGAUGAUGAUGCGCGAAGAGUGCCGAAUACACGACUGCGUUCUGCUACGAAUCAGGUCGUUGUAGCAGGCAUUGACCCAGAAAUGUCAUUGUUACAGACACCGACACUACGCAAACGAAGAAGGUCUGCAAUGAACGGUGUUGCGCCGGAUGCAGUCGAAAGUAUAGCAUUAAAGAAGAAGGCAGUUUCUAGUGGACAGACUUUGCCUCGUCUUGACUCGGCAGGCACCUUAUCACUGGCCGAUGAUUACCAAACGCAUUCUUUGCCAAACGUCGAAGCCAAAGUUAUUUAUAAUGUCGGAGAUCUGGUGGACGUCAUUGAGCGGCAGUGGGUGGGUAUUAACAAACGAGGUGGGGCUGCGCGCAUCACGAAGGUUCACGCAGACGGCUUUUACGCAGUCAAAUUUGUAAUGGGCUGCAAGGAUAACUGUGUGCCAGCAAGUUGUAUUCGUUGGCCUGCAGAAGAGUUGGUUGCCGAAACAACACCGAGCCAUGUCGUUAAACAGCGCUUACGGCGGCGUGUCUCCAACGCACUAAACUCACCGGACUCUGCAGCCACAAAAACGAAAGGAUCCACCGAUACUUCAGAAGUCAAGGUGAAAAAGGUGACGAAGCAGAAGCGCUCGGGUAUGGUUUUCCUCUGCUCGGGGUUUGAGAAGCAGCGAAUGCGGCAGAUUAACGAGUGGGCUGACGAGCUUGGAGCUGAAGUUGUACAAUUCUGGACCCAUGACGUGACCCACUUGAUUGUAAAAUGCGUACAUGACGACGAUGCCGAGGACGGGGACUCUUCGAUAGAAGACUUUGAUUCCUCCUCUUCGCGGCCGGAACAUCAUCAUGACAAGCCUCGUCUAUUUAUUAAUUCGAAGUCAGGUCGAUGGGUAAAGACUCGAUCUUUAAAAUACCUCAAGGCCUUAGUUGGUGGUCGGUGGAUUGUGAGCGACGAGUGGCUCCAAGCUUGUGCUAAGCACGGCAGAUACAUCAGUGAAUUAAAUUAUGAGGUAGACGGUCAUUGGAAGGGAAAGAUGAUUCAAGACGCUGCCAAGCGGUCACGGCUCAAACGUGAAAAGCUUCUUCAGUUGUCGUCAGCAGAUAUUGACCGCUCCACUAUUGGCACGAUGCUAUUUGCAGAUUUCUGCUUCUACGUUAUCGGCGAGUUUCUCCCUCCCGUGCCAUCUAUAACGGAGUUGAACACCUUGAUAAGCAUGGGCGGUGGGAGAAUGAUCACGUCCAUUGAUGAUAUCCGUGAGGAGAUGCACAAACGCGAAAACCGCACGCGAAAGCUUAUCAUUGUGUCUGACAAGAUCAAUCCGACUGCUUUACGUCAGCAGACAAGGCGCCUCAAAGCGCAGUCUCAUGUAAAAGCGAUACGAUCGGUGAUCAUUGUGAAUUACUUGUGGGUGAUUAACAGCAUCAGCGAGGCGAGUCUUCGCGAGCUUCCUUUGGCGUAA